AUGCCUGGUCCAGGAGAAACCCUGGAUGAUGCCGCCCGAGUGAGAUUGCUUCUACGCAAAUUAAGCACCCAGUUACACGAGAAGUACGUGAAUACGAUUCUUCCCAAGCACCCUCGGGACUACACUUUGGACGAGACCAUCAAGAAACUGAAAAAAUUGUUCGGUCGCCAGAAAUCAGUUUUCCAUUGCCGUUACCGGUGCCUGCAGUACUCGAAAAACGAUGAUUUUACAUCGUAUGCUGCCAUGGUGAACAAACACUGUGAAGCUUUUCAACUCUCCAAGCUCACACCGGAUCAAUUCAAAGCCCUCCGUAUUGUCUGUGGACUCCAAUCGCCACGGGAUGCAGACAUCCGGGCCAGAUUGAUUUCGAAGCUGGAAGCCGACGAAAACGCAGCAGAAGAUGCAGGAAAAGUAACUCUGGAAAAUCUUGUGGAAGAAUGCCAUCGCGUGGCCAACCUCAAGCAGGACACACUGAUGGUGGAGAGCAGAGAAGCACGCAACGUCAACAUUGUUACUCGCAAACAGAAGAAUCCUGCUACGAAAAAGCACCAAAAAGUUCCUAAAACGCCCUGUUGGAAAUGUGGAGACCAGCACUAUCAUGGACACAAGGAAGGCUAUUUUUCCAGUAGCAAGCCUGGCCCAUCGAAGCAAUCAAAGUCCAAAGAGAACAAGACGAUAAGCAUUUUUACGGUUUACAACAUCGGAGGCAAGCGGAAGUUCGUUCCGGUUGAGCUCAACGGUGUAACAGUCAAUCUUCAACAUGACUCGGCGUCCGACAUCACCAUUAUUUCGAACGAAACAUGGAUCAACAUUGGACAACCACCCACUCAACCGACGAUGGAGUCUGCAAUCACUGCUUCUGGAGGCAAUCUAAAUCUUCUUUCUGAGUUCCAGACCGAGAUUGUCAUCGGUGACGUCACCAAAACUUGUCGCAUCUUCAUCUCGGACAACGAUGAACUCAACAUUCUGGGCAUCGAGACUAUGGAUCUGUUUGAUCUGUGGUCAGUUCCAAUUAGCAGCCUGGUCAUCGUCAACGCCAUCCAGCAGACACAAGAACAAUUCAUCAAUCAAUUCAAGCAUCAGUUCCCGGAAGUUUUCCGAAGCUCGCUGGGUAAGUGCACGAAAGUACAAGUGAAGCUGUACCUGAAGUCCAACGUACGUCCCGUUUACUGUCCGAAGCGACCCGUUGCAUAUGCUGCACUGCCUAAAGUAGACGCAGAACUCGAAAGGCUCCAGAAAUGUGGUAUCAUUUCUCAAGUUCAAUUCUCAGACUGGGCAGCUCCAAUAGUCGUCGUACGCAAAUCAGACAACGUAUCAGUCCGUGUGUGUGGAGAUUAUUCUACGGGACUGAACAACGCGCUGGAAUGUGACCGGCAUCCUCUGCCACACCCAGACGACAUCUUUGCGGAACUGGCUGGUGCACGUUAUUUCACGCAUCUCGACUUGUCAGACGCCUACCUGCAGGUCGAGGUUGAGGAAGAAUCCCGCAAGCUGCUCACCGUGAACACACAUUGUGUGGACUCUUCCAAAACAACCGACUUCCUCCAGGAGUUAAAUCAGCACCAGGUGCAUUCCAACGUAUCAUCAAUAGCAUGGUGGCCGGCACCCCUGGAGUCAAGCCAUACUUGGACGACAUCCUCAUCGCUGGUCGCACCAGGCAGGAGAACGAUCGGAACCUCUACACUGUUCUCGAACGUGUGCAUCGAGUUCCUAGGGCAUAUCGUAGACAAAGACGGUAUCCGACCCGACCCUUCGGAAACUGAAGCUAUUACCAAGAUGCAGCCUCCGAAGGACGUCAAGCAUCUCCGUUCUUACCUUGGUGCUAUCAACUAA